CUAUCCCCAACGCUUGUUUACUCGUUCCCUGUCAAUCUAGCCUCCUCCCGACUCCUCAAUUGAUUGUCGCAUUUCUGCACUUUUCUUUGACAACCCUAGUUUCUUCCCCUGGUGGCCAGGGCUUAGGGGAUAUGCCCCCUCUCUGCCGACUUCAUUGAAGCUAAGCAGCGGUCGGUCGCCGCCGUGCUUCCUUCACCUGCCGGUUGUCCACCCGAGGCGGCCACGACGACUUUACGCUCACGCUCGGCCUCGCACCACCUCGCUCUUGUGCCUGCUCCUUUCUUGAUCAUCCGACUUCGAAAAUGAGCAUCUCCUUACCCUACCGAUCAGCCGACGAUGCAGGCAAUGGCCUCCCCCGACUCUCACCCGCCCCUUCCCUACUUCACCACCGCACGCCCAGCAGCUCUCGCACAUCUCUCCGCCAACCGUCGAUAGCCAAUGUUCCAGCCACUGCCGCCUUAUUCCCCAAGCCGCGCCGAUGCAAAUCGCAGUACCCCCGGGACUCCUCAGAGCGGCAUGUAGAGUACAUCCUUGUGGCCUCUUUCCAUAUCGAUCGCGGUCCGAUCAUGGAGCAUCAGUAUCCGACCGCGAUCAGUGGAGAUGAGAGCAUGCUAGCGGAACUUAUGCUGCCUGAUCAAACACAUGUACGAAGCCAGGAUUGGACGAUAUUCUUCCUGCAUAAGGACACAAGCGCAGAUGCCGACGAUGAUGCCUCAGUAUCCAGCAAGAAGCAAAAGAAGAAGGGAAAGCGCAGGGCUGCAGAUGACGCUCAGUCGGGUCAAGGGGACAGUCGGGAGAACGAUGAAUCAAUGGAGGAGGAUAGCAGUGACGAUGAGGAGGAAGGAGGUGAAGGCCCUCCUCUGAUGUAUGUGCUCAACCUGGUCAAUACGAAACAAGACAACACAGUGAAGCGCGGCGCAGUCGUGAAGGCUAUGGCAAUCUGUACGCGACAUUCUUUCCUUCAUAUCUACAAACCAUUGUUGUUGCUAGCCCUGGAGGACUACUUCAAGAAUCCAUAUCCCGAAACUCUCGCCACGUUAUACAAUGCUGUCAACAGCAUGGAUUUGUCCCUGAUGCCGAGGCUAUCACUUCUGGAAAGACAGAUUCUGCAGGCAAGCAAUUGCAAAGAUAUGUUCAUCGAGAAAUUCGAACAAAUGAUACACCAACGGUCCAUAGAAGAUGGCGCUCCGCCAGAUGACGAGGACGAUCCGCCGUCGCCGAAACGUCAGGCUCCCCUUCAAUAUACUCUUCCACGCGACACCCACGAAUUCGAAUCUAAGGUUGUCUAUAACGAGAUCCCUAUUCCGGUCAAAAUCCCCACGGUCAUUUGGCCGGAGACCGUGGGCGACUUUUCCCUGAUCAAGCUUAUCCAAACCUUCUCCGCUCCACACAACACUUCACCUCAAGCCUUCCCCGUCCACCCGCAUCUGACUACUAGCGGCCCCUUCACGCAUCCUAUCAUUGUCCUAGUCAAUGCCAUGCUUACUCAAAAGAGAGUAAUAUUCUUGGGUCAUAAUCGGCCGUCAGGUGAGGUAGCUGAAGCGGUGCUUGCCGCGUGUGCGAUUGCAUCGGGCGGUGUAUUGCGAGGCUUCACGCGACACGCCUUCCCUUACACAGAUCUGACCAAGAUCGAUGAUCUAUUGAGGGUACCUGGGUUCAUCGCCGGCGUCACAAACCCAACCUUCGCCAACCAUCCGGAGUGGUGGGAUCUACUUUGCGAUCUUCCGACCGGUCGAAUGAAGAUCAGUAGCUAUGUCGAGCCUGCGCCAGUGACGGAGGGAUUACUAUACUUCCAGCAACAGGCCUCAUUACAUCAUUAUCCUUCUAGCUCAAAUACCGACCCCAGCGGGGACAAUGUCUUUAUGGAAGAGAUCCAGCGAAGCAUCACAAACCGUUAUGGCGAGAACGCGAUCCGGGCCAAAUGGAGGGCGUACAUCAUGAAAUUCACCCAAGUGGCCGCCGCUUUCGAGGAAAUGGUCUACGGCGCAUCGAAUCUCUUCAUCAUUGGACCCAACGAAGAGCUUUCGCCAGAGAGUCCGAGCGGCGUUCAGGCUGACCCGCUGGAUCCGACCACCCUCCGCGGCCAUGGCUAUGUCUGGUCCGAUGAGGGCGCCAAGCAACGGGAGCUGCUCGCCUCAGUCUCGCGCAUCGAAGGAUGGCGGACCACACGAUCCUACUAUUCGUUCAUCCAAGACAUCGCCGCAAUGUACUAUCCGGCCCGACCUAUUCUGAAACCCGACCUACACCAUCACCACAGCCGACUCCGCGCUCUGCGACUCUCCGCUGCCGACUCCGGCGCCAUCUACAUCGCAUUCGCGCACGCCGUCAAGGAUUACGCGGGCAUCUGCCAGCUCUUGACCAUCACCCCCGAGAACCAAGCUGGACUCUUCUACCUCAGCAUGGGACUCUUCCACCCCUACCCACCAGUCCGCGAGGCGACCGUCGACCUGCUCGAGCGGAUUGCUGCCCAUCCUGCGGGGCGACAUUUCUGGGCGCAGCUCAACCGGUUUGCGAAACUGGCGUUCUUCCGCAUUAAACGCGACCGCGACGCCUUAGCACAGAGCCCCGCGGGGUUAGGCACCGGGUCCUUUGGCCCGCGGAGCUUAGUAGGCGUUGCGAUGGGAGACACUGCAUGAUUUUGUGUCCUUCGCAGACCUACAUGUAAUUUUGGGCCUUCCCCGUAUUCAUGUCACGACCUUUGUAUCCAACCCUUGUAUAUGUAGCUAUGUCCAAUUAGCUUAUUUUCCUC